AUGUCUAAACGAUGCAGAGACCACUGGGACUCCGAUCUACCGCAAAAGCGGACCUGUACUCGGAACGAUAUUGGGCCUGUUGAUCGUCUGUCUUGUUUGAGCAAUGAGUUGCUCCUCCAUAUCCUUUCAUUUUUACCAGUAUCAUCCCUUAACGUGUGUCAAAGGUUAUCACAUCGCUUCCAUGCUCUUGGUGGGGACUCUGAGAUAUGGAAAAGGCAAUACUACUCGGAAUGGGUGCGGCCCCGUGCCCGCCGCCUCGCAAAUACUAGACGCACAACCCUUCCGGCCAAGACGGAUUAUACACCCAAGGUCGCAACAUGGUUCGAUCAUGGGCACUUGGCACAGGAGGGCAAUUGGAAACGGCAGUAUCGGCUCCGGCAUAAUUGGUCCAAAGGGCUAUGCCGGGUUACUGAGGUAGAGUUUCCUCAGCCGCCAUGCCCUCCUACGCUGGUCAGAUUUUGUGCUGGGAUUGUCUUCACCGCGGAUUCAGCACACGGGCUCCGGGCUUGGACCACAAGAGAUUUAGCACGCUGCCUUGCAAGAACUCCUUUGUCGACUCCAUCAGAAUCAUUACCUCUGACCCCAACCGCCUUGGCGGUCAGCCAGAUCCAAGAUAAGAUCGAGAUCUCAGUCGGACUGGGAAAUGGUCACUUCAGCCUCUUCGUCUUAGAUCUUCAAACGUCCAAGCUAGAGUUGCAGUCCUCUCAUGUCGGCUGCAAUGAUUCUGCUAUAACGACCAUGGCCCUCUCGUCACCGUAUUUAAUGGUAGUAUCCCAGCACAAAGUUUUGACCUUGUACAAUCUGCACCCUGGUACCCAUCGAGCAGGGGAAACUGCCGAGGCCUCGGGACCUCGCCAGGUUGCCUCCCUCAAGGCAGAUAACAUUGUUGCACCUAUGACAGUAUCUCUUAGAGUGUCGUCCUUUGAAAUUGUGGCUACCGUUGUGUAUAGCUUCUUCCACAUUGGCUGUGGGUGGUCUCUAGGGAUUCAAGAAUUGCGUCUAGGCAGAGACGGGCAACAGCUUGAUUCCCGACUGGCUACUACAGUGGAUUCCCAAUUUGGGGUGAGGCCACUUCAAUCCAGAAAAAGGCGACACUCUGCAAGCGAGUCGGUCGAGCACCAACCUCGUAUCGGCCCUGGGGCACCGUCUAUCAUACAUCAACAACCGCCAACCUCCAUGUCCUAUUCCCAUCCGUAUUUGUUGACUUCUCAUGCCGACAACACGUUGACUAUGUACCUUGUGGUAUCUACAUUGGAAUCUUUAUUUGUCCAAGGCGGCCGGCGACUUUGGGGCCAUACCUCUUCCGUAUCUGCUGUUCACGUGACCAACCGCGGGAAAGCUGUCUCUGUAAGCUCUCGAGGGGAUGAGAUUCGAAUAUGGGAGUUAGAGAUGGCGAUAUCAUCCCUGGGUCGCAAAUUCUUCGAGGAGAACGGUGUUCAGCUCAACGCUGGAAACAAGGAUGGGGAGCCCGAGCCGGAGCUAGGACUAGGAACGAUUUACCACAAUUUGAACCGUGUAGAUGUGGAAUCCGAAGAAUUGACCCUGCCUAUCGGAUUUGACGAAGAACGGGCUAAGGACUGCCCUAAGAAGGGAAACCCUACUUGCUACAACUGCAACGGCCAAGGUCACUUGAGCCGUGAAUGUCAGGAACCUGCCAAGGAGAAGUCAUGCUACCGUUGCGGCCAGACCGGACACCUUUCUCGCGAAUGCCCCCAGGGUGGCGACAGCAACUACAGCGGUGGUGGUUCCCAAGAGUGCUACAAGUGCGGACAGGUCGGCCACAUUGCACGCAACUGUUCUCAGGGUGGUAACUACGGCGGUGGAUACAGCGCUGGCGGAUACGGUGGUGGUUUCGGUGGUCCUGGUGGUGCCGGUGGUCGUCAACAGACCUGCUACUCCUGCGGUGGCUUCGGCCACAUGGCCCGUGACUGCACUCAGGGUCAGAAGUGCUACAACUGCGGCGAAGUCGGUCAUGUCUCUCGCGACUGCCCCACUGAGGCCAAGGGUGAGCGCAUGUGCUACAAGUGCAAGCAGCCCGGGCACGUUCAGUCCGCUUGCCCUAACUAAGGUGCCCAUUGCCCAUUGCCUGCAUUGCUCUUUUGGUCAACAUCUUUCUACAGUUUCCAUGGGAUUGGACGACAUUUUUCAUGCAUGCACGAAACGAAUUUCUCUUUUUUUUCUCCUGAAAAUGUAUGACUAGAGAUCAACAACUGACAAGGUUGACAUGAUCUAACUUUUGAUGCCUCUUACCUAGGUUGUUUGGUAAUUUUCCUG